ACAUUUGCGCGCGGUGGGAGGGGUGUAACUCUGCUGGUGCUUCACAACUUGUACUGUACAGCGCACUCUGUUUUCCCUAUUCCAAUCAAUGAGUAUUGUUAUUGUUGGACUUGUAUCUGAUUGCCAGACAACUGAAACACGUCUAUUCAACUUUGUUACAUAAAGGUGCCAUGCUGUUGGGGGUCCGUGGAUGAGCCCCCCUUUCAGGAAGCAUGGCGUCGCCAGGAGACAGAGAUGCACUGGUGGAGAGGGGAUACAUCCCCCUGGACAUUGACAAUGUCCACAUGCUUCUGCAGGUGGAGCAAGAGCAAAUUCAGAAGAGAACCUUCACCAACUGGAUCAAUGCUCAGCUCUCAAAGAGGAUUCCCCCGUGCAUGGUGUUGGACCUGUUCAAUGAUUUCCGGGACGGGUCCAAGCUGCUGGACCUGCUGGAGGUGAUGAGUGGCCAGCGGAUGAGUCGGGAGAGAGGCAGAGGCAUCUUUCAGCACAGGAGCAACAUUGAAACAGCCCUGUCCUUCUUGAAGAAGAAAUCGAUCAAACUGGUCAACAUUAACAUUCCCGACAUCAUCGACGGCAAACCAUCCAUCAUCCUAGGCUUGAUCUGGACAAUCAUUAUGCAGUAUCAUAUUGAGGAGCUGGCCAGCAGCCUGUCGUUCAGCUCCCGUCAGUCCUCUCUGGAGUCACUGGCCAGCCUGGACUCUCGCUCCACCCUGUCGGCCCGCUCUACUAGCAAUAGCCCCGUGCCCCCCAGGGGCUCCCCCCUACACCAGAGUUUCCGCGUCUCUGCCAAGAAAGCUCUGCUGCUCUGGGUCAGGGAACAGUGCCACAAGGCUGGCUGUACUCUGAAUGUGAAGGACUUCAAGGCCAGUUGGCGGAGCGGUGUGCUCUUCUUGUCCAUCCUGUAUGCCCUGAGACCUGACCUGGUGGACCUGUCCAAGGCCAGAACCAGAACUAACCGGCAGAACCUGGAGGAGGCCUUCCGCACUGCCGAGCGCGAGCUGCGCAUCCCCAGACUACUGGAGCCCGAUGAUGUCGAUGUGAGAGACCCAGAUGAGAAGUCCAUCAUGACCUACGUGUCCCAGUUCCUCCAGUACUCCAGAGACAUGCCUGUGACAGAGGAUGACAUGCAGAUGUACUAUAUGACUCCUCCUAAAAGCCUCUCUCCUGUCAACCUGCCCACUCACUUCACUCCUGCCAUCGCUGCCUCCCCUCUGCGCCAGGCUCGCCUGCUCCAACCCCUACUUAUGAGAUCAGCUCCUUGUCAAGAACCUGAACCCUCCAGAGCUGCUGCUGCUGCUGCGACCACAACCAAUCAGAAGACCCAGGAAGUGACCUGCUGGCUGUUGCAGGCCUAUCAGGAGUUACUGGAAGGCUGGGACUCCACAGAAGGCGAGAGCUAUGCAGAGAGAUACCAUGUGUUCCAAACCUUCGUGGUGUCCUUUAACGAGCAGCGUCGCCCCGUGAUGCCUCUCCUGACAGCCAUGAAGCGCACCCCCCAGCUGAGUGAGGAACAGAGGAACCUCAGGGGGGCUUGGGACGCCCUCGCCGAGAAGCUGCGUGAGUAUAAGACAGAGCUGGACCUUAGUCUGCCUGCUUCCCUGGACAUGGUGGGCCGCUGGCUGCUUAGGGCUGAGGGGGCGCUGGCUGAGGAGGAGGGGGACCCUCAGGACCACGCCCACGCCGCCGAGGAGGCCAGGGAGAAACUGGAUCUGCUCAAGACAUCCCUGGACGAGAUGCCCCAACAACUUAAGAACUUUCAGAAGUUCCAGAAUAUGGAUGAAUAUGGAGCCAUCCUGGUGCCUACUGACAAACUGGAAGAGAUGAAGAGAAGGUUCACCAGUGUAAGAGUCACUGCCAAGUACCAUGGGAUCAAACUGGAGUACCAGGAGCAUCGGCACACAGUGCUGGACCUGCUGGGCCAGAUCAGCAGCAAGCUCCGUGUCUGGAAGAGACCCUACAUAUCCCAGGAGGCUGUGCGUGUGCUGCUGCAGGACUGGCAUGAGUUAGUGGUUAAACAGUACCUACCAUCCUUGCUGGAGGGGGCUCUCCUUAAAUUGAAGCUUGUUGCAAGCAAAUAUACUAGCAAAUCUGCCCUAGCUGCAGACUCCAAAUACAUAAUGUGCCAAGUGAAGGAGUUGGAGGAGGAGGGUGCUGUGGCUCUGGAGGGAGUGUCUACGGUGAAGAGCACUAUGGGCCGUGUGCUGUCUGCCUGGGACUCCUACUGUGACUGUUACAGCUCCCUGCAGGCUUGGCUGGAGCAGGCCUCAGCCUCCCACACGCUCGCACAGAGGCCAGAGGUAACAUCUGAGAGUAUGUCAGAGUGGAGUUCCCGCCAGGCCCAUCUGAAUGAGGUAGGGAACUUCCUGGUCCAGCUGACUGACCCCAUGACCAGCCGAGCUCUGGCAGAUGACCUCUGCAAGCUCAACCUGCAUUGGGCGGACUUUAUCAAGAUAACACAAUUUGCUGUUGUAGCUGUGCCCAGCGGAGCUGCAGCCAGACCCCAAGACCUCCAGGCCCUCUUCAGAGAGGCCACCCAGAUCCUAAAGGAACCUGUAGAGGCCAUGUCUGGGCCCCUGAGGACCUACACGAAGAAACUACAGUUCAUGAUGAGGAAGAUAAAGGAAGUGGAUAUGGAUGCCCUCUCCCCCUCCACAGAAUGCUCAGCUGAGACUCUACAGAAACUGAAGCUGGCUUUACCUGAGGUGAUGCAGACGCUGGUUGAGGCUGAGCAGGUGUGUGUGGAGCUGCAGCACAGUGUGUCUGGUCUGGACUGCCGCCUGGCAGAGCUCCUGCACUGGGAGACAGAGGCCCGGGACCUCUACCAGAUCCUGAAGGCAGGAGAACGCAGGGCUUCACGGUGCCAGGACCCCCGCGCCAGGGUGCUGAUCUCUCGUGGGCUGCAGCUGGAGGGUCAGGUGGUGACUGAGGAGCAGGAUCUGCAGGUGAUGGUGAUGACAGGACAGAAGAACUCUCCCCUCCAGUACCUCCUUGUCUCCGCCAUGCAGGACAGAGUCAGAGCUGCCGUGGCUCAGUCACAGGAGGCGGUUGGGAUGCUGAGCUCUCUGGGAGCCAGAAGAGACAGAAGCCAAAGCCCCACAGAAGACCAGCCCCCACCCAAGAUCUUCAUCCAGCCUGAAGAGGGGACUCAACCCAAACAGCCUCAAUCACUCUCUCUCGCCAGGCAUGCAACUCAAGCCUUUGCUCAAUUAGCAUCUCAGCCUGAUGUGAAACCACAGCCCCAGUCCCAGCCUUCCCCUACUAAACCACAAGCUCAGGUCCAACACCCACCAAUACCACAGAUUAUAGUCCAGGAAUACAGAGAGAAGAAGGCAAGUCCCAGUCCUCCACUCCUGUAUUCCUAUGCACAAGCUGUGACUCAGUCAAAGGGCCAAGCACAGUCACCUCCAGAGCCACAGGUUGCUGCCCAGAGCAAAAAACACUCUCCACCCCUAACCCAGAAACAACCACUAGUGCAGCAACAGCCACCAUCUCAACAACAGCAUCCAACUCAGCAACAAGUACUCUCUCAGCAACAAGUACUCUCUCAGCAACAAGUACUCUCUCAGCAAGUACUAUUUCAACAACAGGUUCUAUCUCAACAACAAAUAUCUGCUCAGCAGCAGGUUCAAAGCCAGAAACAGGCCCAACAAUCAGCACAAGCCCAGAAACAGACUCCAUCUCAGCAACCGGAAAAGACACAGAAGCAGCCUCUAACCAAGGAAGAGAUGCUGAGCUGGAAGAAGCAACCUCAGGCCAUGAAGAACCGACCCUGGCUCCAGAAGAAGGUCAAGGAUCAGGAUCAGGCUUCAGCCCAGGCUCCAUCCCAAGCUCCAGCCCAGGCUCCAUCCCAAGCUCCAGCCCAGGCUCCAUCCCAAGCUCCAGCCCAGGCUCCAUCCCAAGCUCCUGCCCAGGCUUCUAAUCAAACACAGGCUCAACAACAGCCAGAGAAACCAAUCAUGUCUCAAGUCCCUGUCCAGGUAGUUCCACAGCCUGCAGGAACACCCAGGCCCCAGCCUCAGGCACAAGCCAGGACUAUGUUUCCUUCUCAAUCACAGGCCAUGUCUAGUGCUCAAGCUCUACCCCAAGCAGGGCCACAGCAAGUCCCCCAGGCAUAUCUUUAUGGCCAGCCUCCUGCCCAAUCUCUGACCCAACCCCAAGCAAAGACCAAGAGCCACACUCAACCUAAACCAACGGCCCAAGCCAAACAGCAACCCAAGACUAUUAUCCAUGCUCCAUCCCAAACCAUGACUCACACUGAACCCCAGCCCAUAACUCAAUCUCAACCUGUGACCUACUCACAAUCACAACCUGAAACCUACUCACAAUCACAGAUGCAGGCCAUGUCUCAAUCCCGGAUGACUCAAGAGAAACCCCAGCCACAGGUCCAGAAACCUCAGCCACAGGUCCAGAAACCACAGCCACAUGUUCAUCAACUGAUGCAUCCACAGUCUCAAGCUCAGGCCCAACCACAUCCCCAAGCAUGGGCCCCAGUCAGGCUGCCACAAACACUCACUGAGACGCACCGGCUGGGCCUGCAUCCACAGGCCCAGUCUCACCCCCAGGCUCACCCACAACUCCAGGCCCAGCCUCACCCUCAAGUUCAGCCUCACCCUCAAGUCCAGGCUCAACUCCAGGCCCAGCCUCACCCUCAAGUUCAGCCUCACCCUCAAGUUCAGCCUCAACCCCGGGCCCAUCCUCAACCUCAUGUUCAGCCUCACCCCCAGGCACAACCUCACCCUCAUGUCCAGCCUCACCCCCAGGCUCAGCCUUAUCCUCAAGUCCAGCCCGAGGCCCAGUCUCAUCCUCAAGUCCAGUCGCAUCCUCAGGCUCAGCCUCACCUUCAAGUUCAUCCUCAUCCCCAGGCCCAGCCUCAAUCUCAUGUCCAGCCUCAACCUCAGGCCCAGCUUCACCUACAGGCCCAGCUUCACCCCCAGGCCCAGCCUUACCCUCAAGCUCAGUCUCACCCCCAGGUCCAACUUCAUCCUCAUCCUUAUUCCCCUGCUCAGGCUCAACCCCAACAAUGGGCCCCAGUCAGACCCUUCAGCCCAAUUUACCCUCAGCCAAAGGGUCAUCCCCAGGUAACCCCAGUCAGACCUGAACCACGGCCACAAGCCUAUCCUCAGCCCAUCAUGGUCCAACGUCACCCUCUUCCUCAGGCUUGCCCACUAAGUCAAGCUCCACCGCAGCAAUGGGCCCCAAUCAGGCCAGAGCAAGCCCCCCAGGCAUAUCUUUAUGGCCAGCCUUAUGGCCAACCUCAAGCCCAAAUACAGCCCCAAAGCCAUGUUCAACAGCAGCCUCAGGUGAGAGCUUACAACCUUACCAAUGUUAAGGCCCAGCAAGGCCAGUUCCAACAGCAGCUAUGGGCCCAGCCCCAUCCCCAGCCUCAAAUUCAACCCCAGCCAUAUUUCCAGCCUCAGCCACCUCACCAGACCCAAAUUCAACCCGCAACCCAUUUGCAGCCUCAGCCCCUCUCUCAGACUCAUUCUCAGUCCCAGAUCCAGACCCAGCUCAAACUUCAGCCUCAGCCCCACUCUCAACCUCAUUCUCAGCCCCAGAUCCAGCCCAAGCUUCAGCCUCAACCCCCCCCUCAGCCACAGCCUGAGCCCCAGAUCCAGAUGGAGCCCAAGCCCCAGACCCAUAUCCAGCCUCAACCCCACUCACAGCCCCAGACCAAGCCUCAGACUCAGCCCCAGCCCAUGAUCCAGCCCAUGCCCCAGCCCCAACCAGAGCCACCACCCCAGCCCAGUAUCCAGCCCCAGACCAAACACCAGCCACCUCCUCAGCCCAAUAUCCAGCCUCUUCCCCAGGUCAAGCUUCAGCUCCAGCCUAAGACCCAGCCCCAGGUCCUUUUCGAGCCUCAUCUCCUUCCCCAGUCACCACCAGAUUCCCCAGAGCUCCAGAUGAAACCCCCAGCUCUGGCCCAGGCCCCACCCCAGGCUUACACCGAGGCCUAUGCCAAAGCUCAGGCCCUGGCCAGGAACCAGUUUGAGGAGGCCAAGCACUGCCUGCAGGAGCACAUCCUGGCUGCCAUUAAUGUCUUCAAAGACAAACACAUAUCUAUCGAACAAGUUUCAGUUAAGGAGGAGACCCUGAGGACCCUGGACCCUGAGCUGUUGAAAGUGUUCCUGAGGGCAGCAGAGGGUAUGGAGGCCUUCUGCACCAUGCCUCAGCUCAGAGAUAUGGAGUUCUUCACACAGUCUGUCAGGACCCAAUGGGAGGCUGUGAGAGCUGAGACAGCGGCCUUUUUGCAGCAUUUACGAUUUGAAAUUAGGAGAAAAUACUUUAACACAGCUGCCUUGCAGUGUGAGAUGCACUUUAACUCAAAAUUAGCAUCCAAAGCGAAGGCGUGUUUCUCUGCAGAGGGCAGCCUAGCCCAGGCUGGGCAGCACCUGGAGGCCCUGAAGGAGCUGUGUGACACCCUGAGCCCUGAGGAUGCCCACCGUCUGGCCCAGGCUCAGCUCAGGGAGUGUGAGAAAAGACUGGCCGCCAUCCAGCGUCAGUUCAGUGGGGACAGGGAUACACCGCCCCCCGACACACCUGGAAUUCCUCUUGACCUGGGGAAAGAUCUGACCCCACAGAGGGAAUCUACAGUGCAGAGUGACAAACCUCCAGGCCCAACUGAGGUUUCACAAGUUGUUGUGAAGACAGUGGUUGUUGAGAAGAGGGUGAUUGACGAGAAGGAGAUUUACAAGCAGGCAGUCAGAGACGAGGAUCCUGCCAAAAAGGAGGCAUUAGAAAGAUAUGACAUUACUAAGAAGACUGUUCAGGCUCAACUAGCCAAGAUCGAGCAGAAUUCCCAGAGAGACCUGGCCGCUCACUCAGUCUCUCUCAAAGACCUGCACACACGUCUACAGGAGAUACAGACAUUGUGCCAGGACACAGAGUCUCUGUGGCCUGAGUUUGGCCACCAGUGUUCUCAAAGCUCCCAGUACAGUGGGGAGAGGGGUGAUGGUGGUGUGAGUGUGGAGCACGACCAAGCUGAGCUGAUGAAGCAGUGGAGAGGCCAGCAGUCAGCUCUGCAUAGGAGAGGCAGCUCUCUGGGGGCAGCUCUGAGACAGAUAGACUCCACAGAGCACCACGUUGUUGACUUCUCUGAACGCCUCGACUGCUUCAUCAGAGAGCCCAAAGACAUCAACGCAUUUACACUGGCCAACACCAACAUCCUGACGGACAUCAAGGACCUGGAUGAGAGCAUUCAGAGAGAGCUGGACCAGCUGUCUAGUUUUGACUCUGAUUCCAUUGAGCUGGAUCCCAGUGAUCGCUCUCCUUUGACCCGUGUGGUCAAGACCCACAGAACCAGUCUAGACAAGCUGAGACAGCAAGUCCGUAAGAGCGAGGCGGCCGCCAGGGCCCUGGACCGCUUCCUCAUGUCCCUGCGCACCGUAGAGCAGGACAUCUCUGGAGUACAGGGUGCCCCCUGCAGCGAUGCGUGGGUAUUGCAGGACUGCCGCUCCAAGCUGGCCCUGAUCAGGCAGAGUGUGGACAGUCUGGGGGACAAGGCCCCCCAGCUAGACUUGCUACUCCAGGGGGCCAGGCUGUCUGUGACUCGGGACGGUGCCCCAGCCUCCUGCCUGGACAUGGUGUCUGCCUUGGUGCUGCGGCUUGAGGAGGCUGACUGCGGUCUGGUCAGCCAGCAGCACAGUGUCCAGAGGGAGCAGGAGAUGAAGGGCCUGGGCCUGAGGAGGAGGACUCUGCUGGCGGAGCUGAGGAAGGUGCAGGAGGCAGCAGAGAGGCACGGACUAAAGGAGCCAACCAUGCCUGCUGUGCAGCAGAGGCUGCGUGUCCUGUCUGACCUGGAGGGCCAACUGAACUCCCAGCGCUCUGAGCUCCAGAGACUCCGGGAGGCCCACUCUCAGGGCCAGGAGGGAGAAGGCAAUCCCCUGGAGGAGCUGAAGACCCAGUGGGAGGACACCCAGAGAGCUGUGGCUGACAGACAGGAACAGUGCAACAUCCUGUUGGAACUACUAAAGAUGUUCCAGAGCUGUCGCAGUUACUUAAGCACCACCAUGCAGAAGGCGGAGCAGACCAUCAGUGAGCAGGCCUCCUACAUAGGCAAGGAGAACCUGCAGAGGCUUAUAGCUAAGGUCCAUGGUAUAAAGCAGGAUCUGAGUGGCUUGGGGACAGGCAUGGAGGAUAUCAGGGGUGUGUGCAGACAGCUCCAGUCCCAUCUGAAGAAGAUCCCUGACUGUAAUGAGACUCCAUUUGAGGCCGAGGCUGAUGGACUGGUGGACCAGUGGCUGGAUGUGACAGAGAAGACAGACUCAUGCUUAGAUAACCUGCGCAUGGGGCUGGAGCUGUGGGACAAGCAGCUGAUGUUAGGGGGAGAGGUGGACGGCUGGGCGGGGGCCAAACUUGCCAUGUUUGCAGAGAGCCACCCCUUCCAGAACGAACAGGAGGUCCUGACCAUAAGGGAUGAGAUCCAUGCCCACGAGGAGAACAUUGAGCGUUUCCACAAGAAGUCCAUUGAGAUCCAGGAGCUUCUUCAAACCCAAGAGGCCCCAUUGGAGCUACAGGUGAUGGAGACCCAGCUGAGGAAGAAGAUGGAUCAGGUGGACGAGCUAUUCUCCGACAGCACUGAUGUCUUCCAGGAGCUGAUCGCUGUAAAGAGACACCUGGCAGAGAAGAUGACAGAGUGCCAGUCUGCCCUGCACAACAUCCAGUCCUCUCUGGGCACGCUCAGUAUGCCAGGAGACCAGGCCCAGAUGCAGGAUCUGUGUGAGCAGCUACAGGCCCAGGAGGAGCAGGCAGGGUCAGUGCUGAAGGAGGUGGGUCUCAUGUCCAGUGUGGCCAGCCCCCAGGUGCUACAGACCCUGUCUAUAGACAGCACCAGGCUCAGAGAGAACAUCUCACACACCAAAUACAUGAUCCACCAGAAACGGGAGGAGGGAGAAAAGGGCCUCAUCAAGGUCAUCAAAAAUGAGAGCCAUUUGUUUGAAGAGUGGUUCCAGGACCUGCAGUUGUCUGUGAACGAGUGCUUUGAGAACCCAGUGUGUAAACAGGACGUGGAAGCCUCCAUGAAAAGACUGGCUUGUUUCCUGGCGUCUAAGGAUGGUGAGAAGCGUCUGGGUCAGGUGAGAGAGCACCUGGAGAGAGGCAGAGAGCAUGUUCCGCCAGAGCAGCUGGCUCACCUGAAAAGCUGGCUGGGGGAGCAGGAGAAGGAGCUGGCCACAUUCAGAACCCACUGUCAGGGCAGACAGAGCCAGCUGGACACUGUCCUCAGAACCCUCAACAGUCUACAGCAGGAACAUGAGUGUUUCCAUGACUGGCUUCAGGCCUGGGAACACAAGUCAGUGGAAGGAGAACAAGUCAACAACUUUCUCAAAGACCUCCACAAAGAAAGUGAGAGAGUGGAGGCCCUCAGUGAGCUGUGUUCAUCGGUGCGGAGGCAGGGUCUGAGAGGGGACAGCCUGCUGACUGACACUGACGACCUCCUGCAGCGCUACCGGUGCCUGGAGGCCAGACUGCAGCAGCAGGCCGAGACCCAGAGAGUCCUGGAGGAGACCAGUAGGAGGUUUGAUACCCAGACUGACAGCACCAGGACCUGGGUUAGAGACCAGCAACAACGACAGCAUCACCAGAUCCAGAAAGAGGAGAGAAUACACACAGCACAGGCCAUUCUCAGUUCGAGACCUGAGGGAGAAUCUAAGCUGCAGGACUUGAGGAGAAAAUGUCAAAGUCUGUGUGAACAUCAGGACCUGGAGGAGAGCAGGAGACGAGAGGUUCAGCAGACAGUCAGAGACAUGGAGGAGGAGUGGAGGAGAGUCCUGCAGACUGCUGAGGAGACUCUUACCAAAGCUGAGAUGCAGAGUGCUAUCGAAGGCCAGCUGAGAGUGUUUGACUCCCAGACAGAAAGUACCAGGACCUGGGUCAGAGACCAGCAGCAGCAACUCCACUCUCUGGGCAACCAGGCCAAGACUGAGGACCAAAGACACACAGCACAGACCAUCCUGAGCUGCAGACCUGAGGGAGACUCUAAGCUGCAGGACUUGAGGAGACGAGGUCAAAGUCUGUGUGAACAUCAGGGCCUGGAGGAGAGCAGGAGACGAGAGGUUCAGCAGACAGUCAGAGACAUGGAGGAGGAGUGGAGGAGAGUCCUGCAGACUGCUGAGGAGACUCUUACCAAAGCUGAGAUGCAGAGUGCUAUCGAAGGCCAGCUGAGAGACUUGGAAACCCAGAAGGAGAACUCCAGGGCCUGGAUCAAAGGCCAACAUCAACGCUUACUUUCUUUGGGCAGCCAGGCCAAGACAGAGAACAGAAUACAAACUGCACAGGCCGUCCUGAGUUCCAGACCUGAGGGAGACUCUAAGCUGCAGGACUUGAGGAGACGAGGUCAAAAUCUGUGUGAACAUCAGGACCUUGAGGAGAGCAGGAGACGAGAGGUUCAGCAGACAGUCAGAGACAUGGAGGAGGAGUGGAGGAGAGUCGUGCAGACUGCUGAGGAGACUCUUACCAAAGCUGAGAUGCAGAGUGCUAUCGAAGGCCAGCUGAGAGUUUUUGACUCCCAGACAGAAAGUACCAGGACCUGGGUCAGAGACCAGCAGCAGCAACUCCACUCUCUGGGCAACCAGGCCAAGACUGAGGACCAAAGACACACAGCACAGACCAUCCUGAGCUGCAGACCUGAGGGAGACUCUAAGCUGCAGGACUUGAGGAGACGAGGUCAAAGUCUGUGUGAACAUCAGGACCUGGAGGAGAGCAGGAGACGAGAGGUUCAGCAGACAGUCAGAGACAUGGAGGAGGAGUGGAGGAGAGUCCUGCAGACUGCUGAGGAGACUCUUACCAAAGCUGAGAUGCAGAGUGCUAUCGAAGGCCAGCUGAGAGACUUGGAAACCCAGAAGGAGAACUCCAGGGCCUGGAUCAAAGGCCAACAUCAACGCUUACUUUCUUUGGGCAGCCAGGCCAAGACAGAGAACAGAAUGCAAACUGCACAGGCCGUCCUAAGUUCCAGACCUGAGGGAGACUCUAAGCUGCAGGACUUGAGGAGACAAGGUCAAAGUCUGUGUGAACAUCAGGACCUGGAGGAGAGCAGGAGACGUGAAGUUCAGCAGACAGUCAGAGACAUGGAAGAGGAGUGGAGGAGAGUCCUACAGGCUGCAAAAGAGGCGCUGGAUCAGGCUGAGGUACUAGAAAAAGAGCUGAGAGCUUUUGAAACCUCGAAGGAAGGCACUUGGGUCUGGGUGAAAGACCAGAAACAACAGCUACACUUUCAGAGCAGCCAGACCAAGACUGAGGAGAGACUACAUACCGCACAGGCUGUCCUGAGUUCCAGAUCUGAGGGAGACUCUAAGCUGCAGGACUUGAGGAGACGAGGUCAAAGUCUGUGUGAACAUCAGGACCUGGAGGAGAACAGGAGACGAGAGGUUCAGCAGACAGUCAGAGACAUGGAGGAGGAGUGGAGGAGAGUCCUGCAGACUGCUGAGGAGACUCUUACCAAAGCUGAGAUGCAGAGUGCUAUCGAAGGACAGCUGAGAGACUUGGAAACCCAGAAGGAGAACUCCAGGGCCUGGAUCAAAGGCCAACAUCAACGCUUACUUUCUUUGGGCAGCCAGGCCAAGACAGAGAACAGAAUGCAAACUGCACAGGCCGUCCUGAGUUCCAGACCUGAGGGAGACUCUAAGCUGCAGGACUUGAGGAGACGAGGUCAAAGUCUGUGUGAACAUCAGGACCUGGAGGAGAGCAGGAGACGAGAGGUUCAGGAGACAGUCAGAGACAUGGAGGAGGAGUGGGGAGAAGUUCUUAAGGCUGCAAAGGAGGUGGUGGAUAAGGCCGAGGCUCAGAGUGUCAUAGAGAGGGAAAUGAUUGAAUAUGUUACCCAGAAGGGAAGCAUUCAGGCCUGGGUCAGAGACCACAAACAACGCCUACACUCUCUGGGCAGCCAGAGCCAGACUGAUGACAGAAUAAACGUAGCACAGGCUGCCCUGAGUUCCAGAUCUGAGGGAGACUCUAAGCUGCAGGACUUGAGGAGACGAGGUCAAAGUCUGUGUGAACAUCAGGGCCUGGAGGAGAGCAGGAGACGAGAGGUUCAGCAGACAGUCAGAGACAUGGAGGAGGAGUGGAGGAGAGUCCUGCAGACUGCUGAGGAGGCUCUGCGUCAGGCCCAGGUGUGGUAUUCUCUCUCCAGGCAGCUAGAGGCCUUCCAGUCCCUGGAGGAGAGCAGCAGAGCCUGGUUCCAACUGCAGCAGCAGAACACACACUCCCUGGGAACAGGCACCCGGGGCAGCAAGGAAGAGAUCCAGGACAGGCUGCAGAGAGCAACGGCUGUCCUGAGUUCCAGAGCUGAGGGAGACUCUAAGCUGCAGGACUUGAGGAGACAAGGUCAGAGUCUGUGUGAAAGCCAGUACCUGGAGGAGAGCAGGAGACGAGAGGUUCAGCAGACAGUCAGAGACUUGGAGGAGGAGUGGGGAGAAGUUGUACACAAUGCUGAGGUGGUGCACAGACUGUUGCAAGGUGUGGUGGAACGCCUGGUGACCUGUCAGUACCAGAAGUGUCAAGCCCAGUCCUGUCUGGCUGAGGUCCAGCACCAGACAGCAGAGCUGCCCCGUCACUUCCCCUGGCCUGGGCUGGGAGACCGGGGGCAGGCUGUGGAGACGGCCAGGACCCUGCUGGAUAAAACCAGGAACCUGGCCCCAGCCCUGUCUGUCCUCCACACCCAGGGCAAGGAAAUGUUCCAGCUUACCCAGGACCCCAGCUGGACAGACCUCUUCUGGGCCACCAUGGAGGAAUGCAUCCCUGCCCUUCUCCAAGAACUGACGGAGGCCUGUGUGAGGAUGGAGGAGGGCAUCCACAUGGAGAGGCACUGUGCCCAGCUAGUGGAACAGCAUGGGGCAGCCCAGGACUGGCUGAGGGAGCAUGUGAAGGGUCUGGGCCCCCAGCCCACAGACAGACAGGCUCUACACAGCUACGCCAACACCCUGAAGGCCCUGCUCCAGACUGUCGACAGGGAGGAGAGGGAGAUGAGGGAGCUGGACGCAAUCCGAGACACCCUGCUGAGCCACUGCACCCCUGCCGGUCGUGACACCCUGACCCUGGAGGUCAGCCACCUCCACGACCUCCUCACUUCUUCUGAGAGGGAGAUGACGGAAAGGCUGGCAGGCUGCGAGGCCCAGCUGAAGGAGCUGGAUGCGAAGUUGGCCAAGAAGGCCCAGGGCCUGAGGGAGAGGGCCAAAGCCCUGCAGUGGGAGCUCCGUUCUCUGGACCAGGCCCUGAGCUACAGCGAGCCACACCCCAACAUAGCCCAGCUCCAGCAGCACUGGCACAGCCUCAAGAACUGCGAGAGGUCAUUGGAGGGGUUAGGGCUUAAAGUUCAUGACAUGCGUCAGGCUGCCAGAUCUGCAUCCACAGAGGAGGAUCUUCCCGCUGAAGUCAUCUCCAUAAUGGAGUUACUGAGCCAGCAGCACGACAGUCUGAAGACCAGGUUGGGUGAGAGGCAGAGCUACUGCACUGAGAACACAGCUCGCUGCCUCACAGCCUCUGUUCAGCUUCUGCAGCAGUGGAACCACUCCUCACCCACACGGACAGCCCCCUCCAUCCAGGCUGCAUUAGAGGAGGGUGUGCAGUUCCAAAAGGCCCUGAAGGAGGUGCUGUCUCACAGACAGUUCCUGGUGGACUGCCUGAAGCCUGACCAAGCAGACAGACUGGAGAAAGACACCACUGCAACACUCAGGGAUGCAGACACACACAGCACCUUUCUCACCAAGACUCUGAAAGAUGUAGCUGAGAAGAGUAAACAGAAAAUAGAUGUGACUCAGCCCGUUGCUGUCACCUCAGUCCAGACAGAAGACAAACCAGCCGCACCACCUAGGAGGACAGCCAAGACCAAGCAGACUCCCACCCAGGAGAGUCAGCAAGCUACGCCACAGUUGCUUCUCCAUAUCACAGAGAAAAAUAUACCACAGCCACUCCCCCCUGUCACAGAGAAAAACAUACCACAGCCACUCCCCCCUGUCACAGAGAAAAUCAUACCACAGCCACUCCCCCUUGUCACAGAGAAAAACAUACCACAGCCACUCCCCCCUGUCACAGAGAAAAACAUACCACAGCCACUCCCCCCUGUCACAGAGAAAAACAUACGACAGCCACUCCCCCCUGUCACAGAGAAAAACAUACCACAGCCACUCCCCCCUGUCACAGAGAAAAACAUACCACAGCCACUCCCCCCUGUCACAGAGAAAAACAUACCACAGCCACUCCCCCCUGUCACAGAGAAAAACAUACCACAGCCACUCCCCCCUGUCACAGAGAAAAUCAUACCACAGCCACUCCCCCCUGUCACAGAGAAAAACAUACCACAGCCACUCCCCCCUGUCACAGAGAAAAUCAUACCACAGCCACUCCCCCCUGUCACAGAGAAAAUCAUACCAGUCAAACAAGAGACUUCAGCUGUCACUGCCAUGGCGCAUACUGAAGCCCCAAGUUCAGGGUCUGUCAUGACACAAGAACUGGCAAAGGAGAAUAAAACUGCUGUCACACAGGUGCCAAAAGCUGCAGUAGAGCCUAAACAGAGCACGAUAGUGACCACUCGAUCGGUUGAAACCGACAUAACUUCCACCACCAUCCAAAUACAAGAUACCAAGAGUCGAUCGUCUGAGACCCUGAUGACAGAGAGAACUGCAGUCAAGGAGCAUGGUGAUACUCAUGUUACAAGAGUAGAGACUACAACUGUGAAGAUGGUUAGUCAGGCAACUGACCAGAUAGACCAGGGCCUUGAUCAGGAGACAUCUUUGACAGAUGCCCUACGCUCACAGCAUGCUUACAUUGACUCUGAAAAACAACGUAGUCAUGACGACACACAAGUAAAACAAUCUCAGGUAAAACAAGCUCACGUCCCUGACACAAAAAGCCAAGUGUGUUAUGAUGUCGACACACCGCAGCCUCUAGAGAAGAAAUUGUCCUCUGUGAUUCUGGACACUGACACUGUGUAUGUGCAGACACCAGAGAUGUGGCCACUGAUGAGCAGUGACACCGCACUUAUCAUAUCCUCCGGAGCAGUAGUGCUUGAUACUGACAAAAUGGACUCGGACACUCAGUCCACCAGUCACAGUCCACAGCAGACAGAAUCACAGGACUCCACUGUAAGGCCCAGUGAACACCCUGAGAAUAGGCUUCCUCAGUCCCAGCCGGACAGAGCUGUGGAGAACAAGGUCAAGUAUGACACUGAGGAGUUAUGGAAGGACAGCAAGACUGAGACUGAACAACCAGACCUUAUACUGGACUUGCCUGAUGUGGCUCAGCCCACUGCUGUUGCCUCUUUCCAGACUGGAGUCAAAGCACCACCCCCGUCCACACCACCUCGUAACAAGAGAAAAGCCAAGAGCCAGCAGGCCCAGCCCUCUAACACACAGCCUGCUGUGGAGAACAGGGUCAAGUAUAACACUGAGGAGUUAUGGAAGGACAGCAAGACUGAGACUGAACAACGAUACAUUGUACUGGACCUGCCCACAGUGAGCGAUGUGGCUGUACCUCCUGCUGUCACCUCAACCCAGACAGAGGACAAAGCAAAGGCACCAUCCACACCACCUCGUAACAAGAGAAAAGCCAAGAGCCAGCAGGCCCAGCCCUCUGACACACAGCCCAACACAGCUGUGGAGGACAGUGUCAAGUAUAACACUGAGGAAUUAUGGAAGGACAGUAAGACUGAACAACGAUACAUUGUACUGGACCUGCCCACAGUGAGUGAUGUCCAGAAAGAGCCUGUUGCUACUGCUGUCACUUCAAUCCAGACAGAAGACAAAGCUAAAGCACCAUCCACAUCGCCUCGUACCAAGGAGACAGCCAAGAGCCAGCAGGCCCAGCCCUCUAACACACAGCCUGCUGUGGAGAACAAAGACAAGUAUAACACUGAGGAGUUAUGGAAGGACAGCAAGGAUGACACUGAACAACGAUACAUUGUACUGGACCUGCCCACAGUGAGCGAUGUGGCUGUACAUCCUGCUGUCACCUCAACCCAGACAGAGGACAAAGCAAAGGCACCAUCCACACCACCUCGCACUAAGAAGACAGCCAAGAGCCAGCAGGCUACAACCCAGGCCCUUCUACCCCAGGCCUCUAACAUACAGCCCGACACAGCUGUGGAGAACAGGGUCAAGUAUAACACUGAGGAAUUAUGGAAGGACAGCAAAACUGAGACUGACCUGCCCACAGUGAGUGAUGUCCAGAAAGAGCCUGUUGGGAAAGAGGACAAACCAAAAGCACCAACUCCACCAGCACCUUCCGCAUCACCCCUGACCUCUGAGAUAAGUAAACAGAAGGCUGAUGUGGCUGUACCUCUUGCUGUCACCUCUAUCCAGACACAAGUCGAACCAAAAGCACCAGUACCAUCCACACUGCCCCGGACCAAGAAGACAGCCAAGAGCCAACAGUCUCCCACCCAGGACAGUCAGCAAGCUAAGCCACUGUCACACACCCCUGUCAAAGAGAAAUCCAUACCAGUCAAACAAGAAGCUUCAGCUGUGACUAAACCGGAGAGCAAGGUAAUCGGUUCUGAUCAACCCAGUCAAACAAAGACACACGUCACUAAGACAGUGCAGUCAGAGAAAGCAGAGACAGUGUGGACUGAAAUUGACAUAUCUCAGGCAGAGGUUAGCAAAGCAUGCCUACCACAGACUCAACCAGAACCCUCCAAAGCAACGAGUGACAGAGCUAUUGAGGUUGAGGACAAAGGGACCUGGGAAGAGCAUGCUAAAGAGUGGAGAAGUGAACAUGACCAAUGUGAGGUGCAAGAAAGUCUGACCGAACCAAAGGUGAAGUUGGAGGCUACUGCCCAAACGGACAGAAAACAGUCAGCUAAAAUCGAAAGUGAGAGUCAGUCAGUGAGUGAAAAACAGCCAAAGAGAGAUGCUGCCCAACCAACCAAACAACAUGGAGCUACAGCUGCAACUGAGAGCACCAGAAAAGAAGACAGGGAGAGCAGCACUAAAGGCCAGCCAGAGCAGCAACAGGUGUGCAGCACAGAGAAGCCAGAAGCUCCUGUUGAGGCAGCAGUCCAUGUUGUAAAGAAGGAGACUCUAACCCCAGAACCUUUUGUGAAAAAAGAGACCCCAGCUGUACCAGAAGGACCCACCAUGCAGGACAUCUUCACUGACAUCCAGCGCCUGUCACAAACUGGACCAAAGAGCAUUCUCAUUGAGAUUAAACCUUGGGAGGACCCCAUGAGGAUUCUGAACACGUCUCUGGCUGACCUGCAGGCUCGUCUGAGCAGGCUGGUGGUCAGGGUACUGGGCUGCAGAAACCGCCCUGCAGACCUCAGCCCCGCAGCCAUGGCUUUGCAGGUGGAGGAGGCCGAGGAAUGCAGACAGGCUGCUCAGACCCAGGUGUCUGUGUUCUCCCAGCCCAGAGAGGCUCCGACUGCAGACCGGGAGGCCUUUGAGCAUAUGGAGAGCCAGUGGGGCGCAGCAGUAUGGGAUGCCUCGGAAGCUGUCCACUGUAAGGAGGCCCAGCUGCAGCUGGUCACUGAGGCGGACAGGCAGACACAGACAGUCAAGGCCACUCUGGAGAAACUGUCUGCAGAGCUGGAGGCCCUCACAACAUCCCCAGUGGAGAGCAGCUCAGCAGAAGCUGAGGAGCUACGUUCCUUUCUGCGGGGUAUGGAGGAGGACAGGACCGUCUUGGGGGAGCUGACCCUCACUCUCACCAAGCUGUCCCCCCACCUGAACCAAGCAAAGCGAGCUGCUGCACAGAUCCAGCAGAUAGGAAUGCAGGAAGAGUGGAGGUCACUGGAGAGAGCUUCAGAGAAGACCCUGUACUGUGUCAAUGGCUAUGCCAGGGAAACCAGCAGCCUUCUCGCAGAGAUCUCCUCUCUUCAGGAGCAACUGGAGGUGAUAGGAAAGGCUACAGGCUCACCCCAUUCCACUACAAUCCAGUGGGACAGCAAGAGGGCCCAGGAGCUGAUGAUGGUGAAUGCUGAGCUGACUUCAGCUCAGCAGAAAUACCUCUACCUGCAGCAGGGCUCAGAGGCUCUGGCCCACAGCUCCCUAUAUGAGAAGGAGACGAGGCAGAUAGAACAGGGGCUCCAACAGGUCAAGGAGCAGCUGGAUCGUGUUGGAGAGCAGGUGUCCUCUCAGACCCCCAGCAGUGACAACCCUAUCAUGAAUAAGAUCCACAAGGUAAUGAUGGACGCCUUUGCCUGGGCCAAGCAGAUGGAGAGCGACAUUGAGGGCCGGAGGAGGAAGGUGGCCCUGCUCCCUGAGGGGGUCCAUCGGCAGAUCAAAGACCUGAAGAAGCUGCAGUGGGAGAUGGCGGCCAAGCAGGCCCAGCUGGAGGCCCUGGUGGAGGAGGUGGAGGAGCUGCUCCCAGAGCUGGACCAGGCUGAUGAGGUCCCCAUGGUGCACUCCUCCCUGGUCAGCCUGGAGAGUCUGUCCAGGUCCACCACAGAGAAGCUAGCCAAGGCUGUGAAGGAGAUGGAGUCAGGCUUGCAGACUAGAGAGAACAUGUCAGAGCAGAUAGCAGACCUGGACUCCUGGGUGGUGGGUCACCUCCAUAGAGAAGCCUCCAGGAGGGGAGAGAGGGAGGGCCAGAGUUCUAAAGACCUGGAUCGCCAAGUCAGACAGAUUCAGGAGACCCUGGUAGAGGCGGAGAAACAGGCUGCUGUGUCCGAGGCUCUUCUCAUGAGGAGCAGAGACAUUGCCUCUGAGCUCAGCAUCACAGAGAACUGCCUCCUCAAUGAGAAACUCACAAACCUCCAGGAGGACAUCAAGAGCAUCAUCAGCUAUGAGAAAGCUAACCAGCAGGAGCUGGAGGAACUCCUUCAGACUCAAGACGCAUCUAGGCAGAAGGUGACCACGGUGGAGAAGAGCCUGAGACAGAUGCUGGUGGACCUAAACAGACACAGGUUCCCAGUCACCAGGGAGACUCUAAGCACCAUUGAGCCGUUUAAACACAUGAUCAUGGAGCACAAGUGCCAGGUGGAUAAGCUGCAGCCCUUCAUCCCUGAAGAGAAGAAACAAGAGCUGCUGUGUGUCAUUUCCCAGUUGCACUGCAAAAUGAGCACGCUGAAUAUGAAGGCCAAAGAACACGAGAGGUACCUCACCUUCAGGCAGUGUGUGGAGGAACUGCGGGAAAAUGUGGAAAAGCAGGUCCUCCAGACCAAGGAGGAGAACAGGGGGAAGGAGGAGAGGUACACGACCGGUCAGGUCAUCCUCACUCAGCUCCCUCUGAUAAAGAGACUGUGUGAGGAGGCUGCCGAUGAGCUGCAGAGCAUCUCCCAGGACCUCUAUCCCUCACAGCUGUCUGCAGAGCGUGGGCGACUUAAGCAGAACCUGGAGAGCUUCCAAACCUGGGAGAUGACUGUGAUCAACAACAUCCAGAUCCUGGAGUGGGGCCUGCUGAAGGAGGUGCACCUCCAGUCGGAGCAGAGAGCUCUGCUGGCCUUCCUAAGGGACAUCCAGCGGGAGCUGCAGCAACCAUGCCAAUUGGAGCCCACCGAGGAAGCCGUCGACAAGGAGCACUGGAGGAUUGUGACCCUGCGGAUGACCGUGGAGUGCAGACUGAGGGUGUUGAAGAUUCUAGAGCGCAAGAAAGGAACUAGGCAGCAGGAUGGAUCCCCGGAGUAUAGUGACCUGAUGGACCUGAAGAAUGCAAUCCUGAAUGAAUGUGACUUACGAAUGGAGAGCGUUUCCCAGGCACGGAAUUCUUUGAGAGACUACACUGGAGCUGUGAGUGGUGCUGUCAGGUUCCUCCAGGAGGCUGAGGCCCUGCUCCAUCCCUCAUUAGCCCCAGUCGGAGGUUGCCUUGAGAGGCUGAGGGACAUCCAGCAGGCCCUGGCCUCCAUGGAGGAGCAGCUCCAUUCCCAUAUAAGCCAGAUCCAGACCCUGGCCCUCCAGCAUGACUACCUGAGCCCCCAGAUGGUGGAGCGUCUACAGAGGGAGGUGCUGAGCCAGCUCCUGGUGCGGAUGUCCACCCUCCAGGCCCAGGCCCAGCUCAAACUGGAGGCCCUGCAGAGGUGUGCUGAGUAUCACAGAAGGUAUAGGAAGUGCCAUGAGGAGAUAUGCCAGUGUGUAAAGAGCGCAGAGACCCAUCUCUCCUACUGUCACUCUCACAAAGUCAGCUCUCUCACAGACUGCACCGACCAGCAAGCUAAGCUAAAGGCUCUGUCUGAGGAGGUGGACUCUGUAACUGGGCUUCUAAAGUGUUUGGGGGAGUGGUGCCCGGAGCAGGGUUGCCGUUGCAGCAGGGAGGGGGCGGUGAGCGCGCUCUGGGGGCAGGUGGCAAGACUGCAGCGUUGCACCCGCAAUCUGAAGACUCACUCAAAUCAGAGGGCAGACGAAUGGAGUGAUAUUACAAAGAGCGUGGAGCGAUCGUCCAUCAUGCUGGAGCAGGUGGAGGCUGAGCUGCCAAAUGACUCCAGGGAGAAGGUGUGUGGGGAAGAGCUGCAGGUGCUGCUGUUGUACUGGGACCAGUACCAGGACAGGCUAGACUGUGAGCACCGAGCUCUCUCAGCUCUCGAGCUCCGCAUCGCCAGACUGCUGGGCGUCCCCGCCCACCUGGAGCAGGCCCCGCCCAACCCGCUGUGUCAACAGUUGCAGGUCAUGCAGGACCGCUAUGGCAGUCUGAAGGAGAAGAGCAUGCUGGGGCGGUGUGUGGUGCGGACGGAGGUGGAGGAGAGGGACAAGGUGAGGGAGGAGCUGAGUGGGGUGAAGGCGUGGCUGGUGACUGCAGAAGACCUCCUGUCACAGCUGGAGCAGUGUCCCAACACACAUAAGCUACAUGAGGUUCACACCCAGCUGUGUACCCAGAAGGCAGUGCUGCAGCACAUCAUGGACGGUCUGAGGAUGAAGUACUCGGACAUGUACACCCUGGUUCCCGUGGAGAUAGAGGGACCGCUACAGGACGUGACACACUCACUGCAGGAAGUAGAGGAGAAGGUAGGGGAUGUAAUGGAGAAGAGUGGUCCCCUGCACAGACUGGGAGCCAAGGUGUCUGAGAUCAAGGCUGGUCUGGGAUCAGUGCAGGACAAACUGCAGCAGAGAAGCCCCUCUCUUUCGGAGGCAGAAAGCACACAGAAGCGUGUGUGGGACGAGCUGGACAUGUGGCACUCCCGUGUGGCAGCGUUGGAGGUGGAGGUGCAGGAUCUGGAACACGCUGAGGAGGCCCAGGUCCUCACAGAGAGCCUGACGGAGGCCCAGCUGCUCCACUCACACAUGGCCAAGCAGGCAGAGCAGAGGACCGCCUUCCUCAGCAAGAUCAGCACAUGGUUACAGGAGCAUGACGAGAUGAUCAACAGCUCCAACAGUUGGCUAACUGAGGCUCAGUCCUGGCUCACUGCUCCCUGUACCUACACUACAGCCAAAGAUUUGGCCAGCUACGUCCACGCACUACAGAUGGUGCUGGAUGACUCGCAGCAGAUCCGCAUCACUCUGCAGGGCUUUGUGUCCGUGCUGAAGGAGAUCUCCCUGGUGUGUGACAUCACAGCGCAGCAGGAGCAGCUGGCCGAGGCUGACCGCCAGGUGGCCGCUGUGCAGCAGGGCUUUGUGGCUCCACUCUCCCAGCUAGACCAUGCCGCCGCCGAGGUGGAAGCUAUAGAGACGGAGGUGAAGAUGAUGGAGAAGGACGUCACUGAGAUCAGGACAUUGUUAUCGUCCCCUGACACUCUUCCCAGCCCCAGAGAGGAGAGCCUGAAGGUGUGUGUGGACAGGAUCCAGUCUUUGCGGACGACCAUAGCAGAGAUCCAGAGCUGUAAGCCAGGCCUGUGUCUGCCAGAGAAGGCUGAGGAGACCCUCACUGUCUUUCAGAGAGUGGACCAGCUCCAACAGCAGCUAGAAGAGCUGGAGAAGAUGGUUCCAGGGGAGUUCAUAGUGAAGAAACAGACACUCACUUUACCGCCAGUGAAGGUCCCUGCACCUAGCACAACUGUACCCACCUCUUCCACAGAGAAUGUUUCUGUGCCCAGCUCAACAUUACCAGCCACUGAGGAAGCAGACGAGAAUGGAGUGGAGCAGGGCCAGAUCCAGAUAGUCCAUGUAGAGGAAGACGCGCUGAAGUCUUCUCCUGAACAGAGACUCAGCUGGGGAACGGAGAAGAGUCGGGACCCUGAGGUUGCAGCAGAAGGGAGCCAUGCUGCAGCUGAGGAAGAAGGGGGAACCACAGCCAUGGAACAGAGUCAGGACACAACUGAACAGGACCUCUCUGUAGAGGGUCUCUCGGUCGCCUCAGGAACAAGUGUGUCCGAAGCUUUAUCAAAACCUGUGGGCACAGUCAGAACACAGUCUCUGUGUGAAAGCAUGGAGCUCAUGGGACAGAGGGGGCUUGCAUGGAGGGGGGAUGACAGCCACCCAGAGGGGCUGAAGACACACAUCAGAGACACACACACACACCCAGGGGGCUCACCUGCUGCACAUAUACUCACAGAGGAUGUACAGACACUCACUGAGGUCACAGUGGACACAAGUGUCCCCAAAGACAUCCAGACAGUAACUCCAGUCAUUUUACCAACGAUGAGGCUGUCAAAGGUGGAUAGUAGGCUGGUGUUAUCUGAGGCAGAGCAGGCCUGUCUGGUUCAGCCACCCUCUGAGAAGGCUCUGGUUGUUCCAGAGCAGAGGCCCACAGUGCCCCAGCCAAUGCCCAGAAAGAAAAAAAGCGCACCUCAGACAGGGUUGCUCACGGCACCAUCCCAGCCUAUAGAAAUGGCACUCAAUGUAUCCACUGGACAGACACACACAGCCUCUGACCUCACACACCAGACACCUGUGCAAGUUGAGGCAUCUACCCCUCUAGCAGCACCUGAGGAGACACCCACCACCACCACCACCACCACCACCACCACCACCCUGUGCGUGGUCAGCACACACACUGUCCCCCAGACCACACUCAAACCCACCGGAGAGGACAUGGAGGGUGUGCAUCCAGCAGCAACCCUGGCCCCAGGGGUGUUCCCAGCCCCAGCCUUGACUGGGCCCUGCCCCACUCUGGAGGUGCUUUAUGCCUACAGUGAGCAGGCCACCCAGCUAGAGGUUUGGCUGGAGAGAGCCCAGCACACCCUUGGAGUGCUGGAGCGGGCCGCCACUGCCAGCAUGCAGGACAGUGUGGAGCAGCAGCUCCUCACGUGCCAGGAGAUGUUCCUGGAGAUAGAGCAAAAGGUAGCCAGUCUGUCUGUACUGGAGCAGCAGGAGGGCUCAGCAGGGUCCCACCAGGAGGCUGAGGCACUCUCCUCCAAACUGGAGCUGCUCAAGACCAGCCUGGUCACCUUCCAGCUGUUGUUGCAGGAGAGACAGAGCCAUGAGCAGAUGCACACCAGCACACAUACAGAGGAGAAGGUGCCAUCACCGUCACCGUCAUCACCCAGAAAUCUUCCUCUAGAGGGCAGACUGCAGCGUAGCGGCAGUGUCCAGGAGAUUCUCUCUUCUUCCAAGAGCAAACUCUUUAGACAGACCAGCUUUCAACAGCAGAAGGAAUUGGAGCAGGAGCUGAGUGAGCAGAGAGGCCUGACCAAGGCUAUCGCCCAGCAGGGGAGUAGAGGUCGUCUCCACAGCCAGGCCCAAAAGGAUCAACCUGAGCCAUCCACACGAGUUCCUGUUGAACCUGAAGGAGGGGGGGAGGCAGGGGUCCAAAGGAAGUGGACACACCUUCACAACCAGAUUCUGGCCUUGGAGCAGACUGCACAGCAAGGUCCUUCUGAUGGGACAGACUCAUCUGUGAGUCAGAGCAAUGGAUCAGCCAGUAGUCUCAUUGACUCCCACAGCAUUCAGGACAUACAGACACACAUAUGUCGGCUGCGGGAGCUGGGCCAGACUGCCAGUGAGGUGGUGACUCAGUCUGUGCCGGAUGAGGAGGUUCAUCAGAGGCUGGAUGAGGGUCUGUUUGAGGUGUUAUGUGGGGUGGGCCUAUCUCUGUCCUCACUGACCCGGCUCCUGCAGUCCCCCUCAGGGAAGUCACACGAGGACACACAGCUCCAGCUGAUGCAACUCGAGACUCUGGCAGCAGAGCUGGUGACCCUGGGUGGUGAGCUGACCUCCCAGGGGUCAGAGGUAAUUGGUGUUUUGGGGUCAGGUGGAGGUCAUCUGUGUGUGGAUCACCUAGGUAAACUCCUGCCUGUGGUCCAGAGCGGUCUGGCUGCCAGAGAGAAGCAGCUGCAGGCCCAGCUGGAGAAGACAGGCCAUCACCAGACACUCUUAAAAGAGUUGCAUGCAGCCCUUCUUGCUAAUAAGUUGGCCGUACAACAAAUGACUAACGAAGCUGUCCCUCAAGACACUUGCAAGCAGCUACAGGCUGUGGUGCAGGUCCAGGGAGAGCUGCAGCUUCAGUCCAGCCAGGUGUCCUCCCUGCAGGAGAGGGCAGAGAGACAGGGUCUGCCCUCCACACUCAUAGAGGAGGCCUACAAGCUGGAGGUUGUGCUGGAAAGUGUGUUGGGCUCUGUGGGCGCCAGACGUGAGGAGCUGAGGGCCAGUGUGGAUCUCCAGCAGCAGUUUGAGAGGCUGCUACAUGGCCUGGAAGUGCUGGUCACCCUGGGCUCAGAGCGUCUCUCACAGAGGCCUGGUCUGGAGCUCCACACCAGGACUGAGCUACAGGACUGCCUUAGCACACAUUCGAAGUUCUUCCAGUUCCUGGGGAUCCACCUGGGGACCCUGCAGCACCUAUCCUCGAGAGUCGCAGAGAGCACCCUCCAGAGGUGGGAGGGAGGGAUGAGGGGCCUCCAGGAGAGGGUGACCCAACUGCAGCAGCAGGCCCUGGAGAGAGGCACCAGGAUGCAGUGGAUAUUACAGAUAUGGACACAGUGGGAGGAGGAAAGUACCAGUCUGGACACCCUGCUUAGGGAUAUGGACGCUGGCCUGUCCAAGAUGCACCUGGAGGAGGACUCAGUGGCACAGAUUUGCGAGAAACUCUCUGUCUAUCAGAAAAUGAGAGCAGUCCUGGAUGAGAGUGGGGCAAAGUUUAGCCGGAUGCAGGAGCAGGGGAGGUGGUUGAAGGAGGCGGGUUGCCAAGGGGUGGGUGUGUUUGGGUGUGGCCUGGAGGCUCGCUGGACCACCUUUCACUUCAGGCUGGAGCAACAACGAGUCAGCACAGAUAGGAACAGGAAACUGUGGAGCAGGUUUUCCCGUGACUUUGUGGCACUGAGCAAGUGGAUCGGUGGGGCCAGAGAACAGAUCAACAGUUGGAUCAUUUUCACUCUCACAGCCAAUCAGGAGCGAGAGCUGAAACCCAUUCACUCCCACCUUAACCAGUAUAUGGACUUCACCAAAGAGCUGGAGGUUAAGUCGGCUCUGAAGGCCUCAGUGAUCACCACUGGAACACAGCUACUGCAGCUGAGAGAGGCAGAGACGGCGCCAGAGCCCCAGUCUGCUGCGCCAGAGCCUUGCUCUGUACAGACCCAGCUCAGACAGAUAGAGCAGGACUGGGCUGGCAUUCUGUCUGAUAUACCUGCUGUGCAGCAGACUCUGCAUCAGUUGUUGAUGGAGAGGCUGUCCCCACAGGGGGCCUUGACAGAGCUGCUAGCCUGGGUUGGAGAGACUGAGGCCAGGCUGGAAGAGCAGCGGGAUAGGGUCCACCAAACCACCUCCAGCAACGCGAACCUCAACCUAGUUCUUCAGAGCUUCAAGGUGUGUAAGGCUGAGAUAGCAGUCCGCCAGCUCACAGUGGACUAUGUCAACCAGUCGGAGUUGCAGACGAGCAGAGGGAGAUAUGAACACCCAGAUUAUGCUGAUGAGCUGGGCGGUCUUAACCACCGCUGGCUCAGUCUACAGGGCACCCUCAACAACCAGAUCCAGGAUGUUGAACAGGAGCUGAGGAUGUGCACAGAGAGAGAGGUCAGACUGCAGCACCACCACACUUGGCUCACCAGUCAGAGAGAGUGGAUGGGCUCAGCCCAGAGGCCCGUCAGUCACUCUGAGGUGGAGAAGAGCUUAAAAACCUGUGAGGGUCUGGAGGAGAAACUCUGGCUAAAUUAUACAGCUCUUCAAGAGUUGAGAGAGAAACACCACACAGGAAAAGAGGAUGGCACCUGUGCCUUCAUCACUCAGACAGAUGAUGUCAUUAAGGCCUGUACAGCCUUCAGUCAAGAGAACCCAGCUGUGCGACAGAGACUGAAACAGGUUUUGGAGCUGUGGGCUGGGUUUGAGAAAGGACUGAAUGAUGCAACACUGGACACAGUGAAGACCUGCCAGGCUAUGGAAUACAGCUGCUUCCCUCAGCUUUCUCUCCAGGCCCUGCAACGACUCCAUGAAAAGCUCCAGCUUCUAAGGAAGGAGACUGAGGGGUGUGACUCAGAAUGGGAUGGUCUGAUCCACACUCUGUCCAUCCUCAGGGACAUGAUCAGUCCUACGGCCACCUUCCUCAUGUCAGAGCAACUGGAUAGAGAGAGAACCAGGUGGAAUAAGGUGAAUCGUGAGCUGGAGAAUCACCUGAAUAGAACUCAGACACUGCUCCAGAUCUGGGGGGCUUAUGCCCGUCUCUCUGUACCUUUCUCCCAACGUCUGCAAACACUGAGGGGUGAUGUCACAGCUCUGAUGAACCAGCCACCUGGUCAGGACAAUACUACACAACUGGUUGCAGCCCAGAUACAGGCCGUCCAUAGCCUGCAGGAGAGAACAGACAGUUUACAGACCGACCUGGAGGGGGUGCUAGAGGCCUCUAAGGAACUCAGUGGACGAGUGGAACCCUCGUCUGCCGUCUUCAUCCAAUCAGAGAGCCGUAUGCUAACCCGUGGUGUCCUAUAUCUGAGCCAGUCACUGGCCGAUAAUCUUGGGCAGCUCCAGGAAGAGGAUGAGCAGCUCCAGGAGUUUGAGAGUGUCUUGGCAUCCCUUGAGAAACACCUUGAGGACUGGGAGGGGAGACUGAAAAGUGUAACCGUGCCUCCACAAAUGUAUAUAUCCAAGAUGGGUCUGCUGGAGCUGAGUGGUUUCUCUCCUGACCUUGAUAUACUGAAUGAGCUGAGCUACAGGCUGACCCUCAGUGACCCUGACACCCACAGACUACAGAGCCUCAACUGGAGCUGGGCUCAGGCCUCGGCCCGCGCUGUGGAGACCUACAGUGAGUUGCAGACAGAGUCACUGAGGCAACAGAGUUUUCAGGAGAAGUGUGAGAACUGGAUGGACUUCCUACAGAUGAUGGAGGACAGCCUAGCAGUAGACCUGGCCAGUACCUACAGCGGCCUGAGAGAGCAGCUACGCACACACCAGAGGUUCCAGUUAGAGAUAUCUAUCGGUCAUCAGAUCCUGCACUCUGUCAUCAAUGAUUCUCUACGUCUGCUGCAGAGGGGAGACGUGGAUGAUAGGAGCGACUUUAUCCUGAAGCUGGCCCAGCUGAGGGAGCACUGGCAGGGGGCUGUGCAGAGGGCAGCUCAGAGGAGCUCCCUGGUGGAGGGGCUAGUCAAACACUGGCACCUCUACAGCCGCAGCCUCAGGAAGCUCCAGAGGUUCGUAGCAGAUACCCAGGCCCUCCUGCCCCCCACAGGGCCAGCCCACUGCAGCCUGCAGCAGCUCCGAAGCUCCCUCUACGACAUGAAGCACACGGAGCUGCUUUUCCAGAGAUACCAGUGCAGCUACAUCCACACUCUGGAGCUAGGUCGUCAGCUCUUCUCCAUGGGGGACGAACAGACUCAGGCACAGCUGCAGACCGAGCUGGCUACCCUGCAGGAGGACUGGGAGAACCUGCAAGAACUGCUGGAAAAGAGAAAGGACAUAACAAACGCUAUCAUUCAGAACUGGGAGCGCUGCGAGGCCAGACUAUCCUAUAGCAUGCAGCAGCUGGACACCAUGCAGACCGGACUGAAGCAGUCGAUCCCAGAACAUGACAAUGAGCUCCAAGUUACAGAGAAACUCACUAAGGAGGCUGAGAACUCACUGGAUGACUGGGCUGAGAGCCUGACUGAACUUGCCACCAUGAAGACGGACCUGUCCCAGUACAUCAUUGCUGACGACGUGCUGCUACUCCAGGAACAGGUGGAGCACCUCCACUGUCAAUGGGAGGAACUCUGCCUCAAGGUCUCCCUACGCAAACAGGAGAUAGCAGACCGUCUCAACGCAUGGAUCAUCUUUAAUGAGAAAAACAAGGAGCUUUGUGAAUGGCUGACGCAGAUGGAAAACAAAGUAGCACACAAUGCCGACAUCAGCAUUGAGGAGAUGGUGGAGAAGCUGAAGAAGGACUGUAUGGAGGAGAUCAACCUCUUCAGUGAGAAUAAAACCCACCUGAAGCUGCUUGGAGAGCAGCUCAUCACCGCUAGCAACAAGACCAAGGAGACCGAGGUCAACGACAAGCUGAAGGACAUCAACGACCGCUGGCAGCACCUGUUUGAUCACAUAGAGACCAGGGUGAGGAAGCUAAAGGAGACUCUGGUGACAGUGCAGCAGCUGGAUAAGAACAUGAGCAACCUGCGGACGUGGCUGUCACGGAUCGAGGCCGAGCUGGCCAAGCCCGUGGUCUACAGCGUCUGCCACAGCGAUGAGAUCCAGAGGAAGCUGGCUGAGCAGCAGGAUUUGCAGCGGGACAUUGAGCAGCACACGGAGGGCGUAGCGUCAGUUCUGACUCUCUGUGAUGUUCUUCUCCACGACGCUGACGCCUGCGGGAGCGACACAGAGAACGACUCCAUCCAACAGACCACCCGCAGCUUGGACCGUCGCUGGAGGAACAUCUGUGCCAUGUCCAUGGAGAGGAGGAUGAGGAUUGAGGAAACAUGGCGACUGUGGUGUAAGUUCCUGGAUGACUACUCCCGCUUUGAGGACUGGCUGAGGACAGCUGAGCGCACCGCGGCCAACCCUGUCUCGGCGGAUGUCCUCUACACCAGCGCCAAGGAGGAACUCAAGAAGUUUGAGGCUUUCCAGAGGCAAGUCCAUGAGAGGCUGACCCAGCUGGAGCUGGUCAACAAGCAGUAUCGCCGUCUGGCCAGAGAGAACCGCACCGACGCCUCCAGCAAACUCAAGGUCAUGGUUCACGAGGGCAACCAGCGCUGGGACAGCCUGCAGAAGAGGGUGGCCGCCAUUCUCCGUAGACUCAAGCACUUUACCUCUCAGAGGGAAGACUUUGAGGGCACACGGGAGGGUAUCCUGGUCUGGCUCACUGAGAUGGACCUGCAGCUAACCAACGUUGAGCACUUCUCAGAGAGCGACAUCGAGGACAAGAUGAGGCAGCUCAAUGGCUUCCAGCAGGAGAUCACUCUGAACACCAAUAAGAUCGAUGCUCUGAUCGUGUUUGGGGAGAACCUGAUCCAGAAGAGUGCUCCUCUGGACGCCGUGCUGAUAGAGGAUGAGCUGGAGGAGCUGCACUCCUACUGCCAGGAGGUGUUUGGCAGGGUGGCCCGCUUCCACCACCGCCUCAUCAACAGACGCCCGGUUCUGGAGGAGGAGCGGGACCUGUCUGACCGCGACACAGAUCUGGAGGACUCAGCGGAGCUGGCUGGAAGUUCCUGGGGGGAGGAAGAUGAAGAAGAAAAGGAGGAGGAUGAGUCCCGAGUGACGGGCGAGUUAUUGGGACGACAAGCCGGGUGCCGUCUCUUGGCCCCCCCUCUGGAGUGUUCGGGGCGAGAGACCCCGGUCAGCGUGGACUCUAUCCCCCUGGAGUGGGACCACACUGUGGACGUGGGGGGAUCUUCAUCCCAUGAGGAUGAGGAGGAUGCUACCUACUAUAGCGCCAUGUCAGAUGUAGAAAUCACUGAGAGCUCAGAGUCCUUUGUUAAGGCAACUGCCAAAGCAUUGAGAGCAGUCUCGGUGAAGUCGGUGACAGACCCACCCAGCUGGCACUCCCCUGAGCCACAGGAGAGGAAACAUGUUCCCAGGGACAUCAUCCUGGGCCUGGGCUCCUCUCCCACCCACAUCACCAGCACCCCCUUUCACCAGCAGGGCUAUGUCAAGCUGAUGUCAGAGUGCAGUGGCAGUAUCGACAGUGUGAAGAGGGUUAAACUGAUCUUAAAUGACGAGGAGCUGGAGGACCAAGGCCUCACCACGUUAACCACCGCAGACAAACAGACUGGUGUGAUCGAACGCUGGGAGCUGUUGCAGGCCCAGGCCCUCAGUGACGAGCUGUGCAUCAAACAGGACCUGCAGCAGUGGCAGAAGCUGAACUCUGACCUCAAUGAGAUCACUUCCUGGCUGGGCCAUGUGCUGCCAGAGCUAGAGAGGCUGCAGAGGCUGGCCCCGGCUACCAGCAUCCGAGACAUGGAGGGCAACAUCAGGAGACUCAAGGAGAUGCAGAAGACGUUCAACAGCUACAAGUCUCUGAUGAUCUCCAUCAACCUGAGUGGGCAGGACUUCCAGUGUGGGGACAGCGCUGAGCUGCAGGAGCUGCAGGAGGGCCUGAGGACAGCCAAUCACAGCUGGACACAGGCCUGCGUCGGCCUGGAGAGCUGGGAAGAACGACUGCAGAGCGCACUCAUGCAGUGCCAGGAGUUCCAUGAGACGCUGCACUCCAUGUUGCUGUGGCUGGCCAGGUCUGAGAGCACACACUACGCCGUCAACAUCCAUGACCGGUUUGCACAGCACUCUGUCCUGCUGGAGCACAGAGACACACUCAUGGCCCUGGAAGAAGAGUUGCAUGGGCGCCAGCGGCAGGUCUCCUCCCUUCAGGAGAUCUCCUCCCAGCUCCUCCUGGAGGCCACGGCCGAGGACAGCGUCGAGGCAAAGGAGAAGGUCCACGUUAUCGGCAACAAGCUCCGACUCCUACUGCGCCAGGUGGCCAAUGACCUGCACAUCCUGCAAGGCAGGCUGGUACGUCAACAUUGGGAAUCGUGUCCAACCAGCUCUGAGAUAGAUAGUGUUGGUCCGGGAUCGCUCAGCUCUCAACUCCAGCUGCAGAAGGAGAAAGCUGGAAUGAGAGCUGCAGGACUCCAAGACGCAGGCUGCAGAAAGGAGGAGAAGGGGGACUCUUCCUCAGCUAGGCCAUUCUUCUACAGGGUACUGCGUGCUGCCUUCCCCCUCCACCUGCUCUUCCUGCUGCUGCUGGUGCUGGCUUGCCUGGUGCCUCUGUCUGAAGAGGACUACAGCUGUGCCCUGUCCAACAACUUUGCCCGCUCCUUCUACCCCAUGCUGCGCUACACCAACGGCCCCCCGCCCACAUGAGACAGCAACAACACCCCCUCCCCUAACACUCACCCCCCUGCCCCCGUCUUUUAAAGUCCCCAUCCACCACUGUCGGAAACUGCCCCGAAAAACAGAGACUGGAGCCAAGCGUUCUGUUUCUCCAAUCCAAAUUGUUGUUUUUUAAGUUGUCUAAAAGUCCAAUUGAAUUUAGGUAUUUAUGUAUACAUAUUUAUAUUUAAUAUAUGUUGAGCGCUCAUGAAGUUAUCUGGCUCUGAAAAUAAGCCAUAUCAUUGGUUUGAAGUAAACAUUUUUAUAUGUAGUGAAGAUGAUUAUUGUCCCCAUCGAGUUGUUUUCCACAUACAAAAAAAAUAUUUUAAUAGCUUUGUUUUUAUCAUUGCAGAUACUGUAUACUCAUAAUAAUGGCAAACUGCAGUUGCUACCAAAGGAUCAGAGUACUGAGGAUAUUGAUCAUUACUCUUUCUACCAUUUUACUUAGGACAAACAAUUGUGGAUAGCACAUUUUUGUACAUAUUGACUGAAAACAAUUUUGUUUUUGUCUAUUUGAUUUAGAAUAAUGUACACUGUGAUAUGUCAUUUUCACUGAAUUAUGGUAGUGAAUCAACUGCAAACAUGCCUUGCUGUAGUCAGUGCUUUAGAAAAUGUUUUUGUUUAAAAAUAUUUUAUUUACACUAGUGUACCUAUGAUUUUGUGUGUAUGAGUGCAUUUGCUGACAAUGUGUGUGUGCAUAUGUGAGUGAGUAACCCUAUCUCCCACAGAGGCCUUGUGUGAUUGUGGGCCACCCUGGGCUGAUGGGGGACAUAGAGUGCGGCUUACAAUUCGUGUUAGCACCGGAGAACUAAAUCAAACAUGUUUGGAUGUACCCAUCUGGAAGCUGCUCUGUUACACUUUUCUUUCCUGCGGUUGAAUAUUGUGAGUAAAAUCUGAUGCUGUCAUAGCUGUAGAAUACCGUAAAUACACUACAGUAUAUGAAUAUAUAGGUGACAUGAACCUGGACCAGUCAGUGAGCGAUUAAUGUUGCGGUGUACAUGCAGAAUCAAAGAGUACGUAUAGACUCGAAGGUUUCCUGUCCGUAUGCUUUGCCUUUCUUCACAAAGAAGGCUUACUCAUGUGUAAAAAAUUAGUCAAGAUGGAGCUGAUCAGAGAACAGUUAAUUUACCUAGUUCCAUUAUUAGUGUACAUAGUCAAGUCACUUUGUACUGCUCUGUAGUACAAUGAAACAAAGAAAACAAUGGUGUACAGUUGAAUACAUUUUUUAAUGCUUAUUUAUGGAUGAUGAAUAGCUUGAAUUCAUUUUUACUUGACAAUAAACAUUGUUUGCCAUAA